AAUAAUAAUAAAACCGCAAAUAAAAAAAGGAUACUGAAAACCUCACUCUUUACCUUCUUUUCACCGACCCUCACUCUGUGUCUGUCUCUUUCUCUCGCUCUUCCUCUUUACUUUCGUGUGCUAGGAGGAAAUAAUGCACCAACCACUGCUUGUAUUGGGUGGAUAACAGAAAUAAUUGCAGGGAUGGGAGGCUGUUGUUGUUCUUCCAGGAAACCUCAUCUACAUGGAACACCUGUAUACUACUAUUGUCCACCAGCUUUGGAAGAGCAGGAGUCCUUAACAUCUCACAGUGGCGGAGCCUCUGCCUUUACAGGAGGACUCCUGGUUGAUUUUCAUCUGGAAGCAUCAACACCUGACACUUUCCGGCCCCCUCCUGCACCUUUGCCGUAUGAUGUUGUUUUCGGAUGUCCGCCAUCAACAGAUUCAGAGUCUGUUAGAGAAACUAUUAGUGGUGGUAGUUUUGAAACAUUACCCACAUGUGAAGAUCUUGAAGAAUUAGACUGCAAAACUCAAGUUAGUUCUUUGCUUGUCUCACCAAGGAAAUCAGAAGUUGCGAAAUUAAAUGAAUCCAUAGUGGCAGAAGAGGAGGACACCUGCCCCAUUUGUCUUGAAGAAUAUGAUACAGAGAAUCCAAAACUUAUCACAAAAUGUGAACAUCAUUUUCACCUCUCAUGCAUUUUGGAGUGGAAUGAAAGAAGUGACUCCUGCCCCAUAUGUGAUCAGGAAAUGAUAUUCAACCACACCUUUGAUUAGUAGCUCCAAGUCUCUUUGGAUAUAGAAGUUUCUUUGCUGUUUGAAAUGAUAGCUGCAGUUGCAUUUUGUUUAAUGGCUGGUCGGCGAAUAGUGCUGACGGAUCCAUUUUCUCUUAGGUUGUAAUUAUUUUGAAGGUUGAACUGUUUAAAGAUGUCAUUAUUUUGGUGGGUUAGUCCAAAGUAAAGAAACAAAGUUUUGACCCAGCGUGGUGGCAGGUUUCUCCUUCUUUAUUCCCCGUUUCACUGGUUGAGUUGAGGUAGAAGAAUGAUGUGAGCUGCAAUGUUGUUGGGGGUAAAUCAGAUAUACUCCAUUUGCAAAAUACAAAAAUGGUCAGUGUUCCCUUCCAUGUUGUGUUGUCAGUGUUGAUAAAAGUUCUCUUGUAAAGUGUUUUCUUUCUAUUAUUAUUAUUUUUUUUUUUUUU